AUGUGUAAAACGGACAAGUUUCUUUACCACAGGAAACUCUGGGAGAUGAAAGUUAGGCUUUUAGGAGAGACCAAGGUUGAGAAACUCAGGAACUCCUUUGUCUCCAGGUCUCGUAUGAGCUUAUGGAUGAUUCGUGCUGUUACCAUAUUGUUGCUCUGGAGCUGCUUCGUUCAUCUGAUGGCUUUGGGAGAGAUGUGGGGACCGAGAUUGUUCAAAGGCUGGCCUUCUUGUUUCAAUCAAGAUGAUCUGUCCACGGUUGAAGAGAUGAGGUCUCUUCCUGCUAAGAUCGCUCUUCCGCCUAAAAGGGUAUAUCAGAACAAUGGUUAUCUUAUGGUUUCCUGCAAUGGAGGACUCAAUCAAAUGCGAGCAGCUAUAUGCGAUAUGGUAACUGUUGCAAGAUUCAUGAAUGUCACACUUAUUGUGCCUGAGCUUGACAAGACCUCGUUUUGGAACGAUCCAAGUGAGUUUAAAGACAUAUUCGAUGUGGAUCACUUCAUAACUUCGUUAAGAGAUGAAGUUCGUAUACUAAAAGAGUUGCCUCCAAGGCUUAAGAAAAGAGUUGAGCUGGGAAUGCACCACGAAAUGCCUCCUAUUAGUUGGUCAAACAUGUCUUACUACCAAAAUCAGAUUCUUCCACUGGUAAAGAAGCACAAGGUGCUACACCUUAACAAAACAGACUCACGGCUCGCUAAUAAUGGACUGCCUGUGGAGGUUCAGAAGCUGAGGUGCAGAGUGAACUUCAACGGGCUUAAGUUCACUCCUCAAAUUGAAGAACUAGGUAGACGAGUAGUCAAUAUUCUCAGAGAGAAAGGUCCUUUUCUCGUCCUUCAUCUCAGAUACGAGAUGGAUAUGUUAGCAUUUUCCGGUUGCUCACAUGGUUGCAACCCCGACGAAGAAGAAGAACUAACAAGAAUGAGAUAUGCUUAUCCAUGGUGGAAGGAGAAAGUCAUAAACUCUGAGGUGAAGAGGAAAGAAGGCCUUUGUCCAUUAACUCCUGAGGAAACUGCUCUCACGCUGACUGCAUUAGGCAUUGACCGUAACGUUCAACUUUACAUAGCUGCUGGUGAAAUCUACGGUGGUGAGAGGCGGAUGAAGGCUUUAACAGACGCUUUUCCAAAUGUGGUUCGGAAAGAAACUCUACUUGAUUCCUCCGAUCUUGAUUUUUGUCGGAACCAUUCAUCGCAAAUGGCUGCACUUGAUUACCUAGUGGCUGUUGAGAGCGAUAUAUUUGUUCCGACUAAUGAUGGGAACAUGGCAAGAGUCGUUGAAGGUCAUCGCAGGUUCUUGGGAUUUAAGAAGACAAUUCAGCUGAAUAGGAAGUUCCUAGUUAAGCUUAUAGAUGAAUAUACCGAAGGGUUGUUGACUUGGGAUGUGUUCUCGUCCAUGGUGAAGGCGUUUCACUCUACUCGAAUGGGAAGCCCGAAGAGACGGUUAGUGAUUCCCAAUAAACCGAAGGAAGAAGACUACUUCUACGCCAACCCGCAAGAAUGUCUGCAGCUGUUAGAUGAACCAUUGAGAGUCAUUUGAAGAAGGUGACUUCACCAUUGGGGAGAGAACGGCUGAAGUUUAAGUUAAAAGCUCUAAGUUACAGUCUGGAAGAUGGAGUAACAGUGUGUUUUUACAGGUUUAAGUUACUUAGGUUUCUUGGUGAAUAGAUUUCUGAAAAAGCUUAUAUUGUGUAAUGUUUGGCAUCCAUGGCCUUGCCAAUUUUGUUAGCUAAAUAAAAGUGCCAUUUUAUGUAAUUAAAGCUUGAUUACAUUUAUAUUAUAUAUUUCAGAUUA